AUGUUCACCUCCCUCCUCCUCACCUCCCUCAUAGCAACCUCCGCCAACGCCCUCUACUUCCACUUCUCCCCCUUCGUCACCACCGACAUCCGCAUCCCAUCAGAAUCCCACGCCAUCUCCUUCACCAUCUCCAACCCCACCGCAAAUUUCGAGCAAGGAGGCUCAGCACCGAGGAACUGCUCCAUUAGCUGGUCUGGCUCUGAGGUCCCGACAUGUUGGAAGGAGUGUGAGGGUGAUGGAUGGCCUCAUUUCGCUAGGGUAACUCCCAAGUCCUGGAGCAGCGCGGGGGACUUUGAGUUGGAUGUGCAGAGGUAUCAUGUUUACCGGGCGCCGAGUGUGUUUAAUGUCACUGGCGUGCCGAUUGUUGAGGGUGCCCUCAAUGGAUACGCCUGCUCUCGCGGUGGACAGAGUACCGUCUGUACGUUCCAGAAUACGGAGCAGGGGUUCAAUGUUAUGGUGGGGAAUGGUGGUGAGCCCGUGGAGCCUACGCCGCAGUGUUAG